CCCAAGGUUGCCUGAGAUAGUGAAUCAGAGUGAGACCGAGCGAAAUUCGAGAGAAAUUUCUCUGACUGUGUUCUUGUUUUCGAUCUUUUUCUUCUUCUUCAAUCCCCCCCUCUGUAAUCCCCGCUUCUCUGAAUCCCUUUCUGUUAAUCAUCUGUCUUUCAGUUUCUGAUUUUUGAGUUUGUUUUAGAAAGAUCCGAAAGCAAACUUGAGAAAAAAGGUUUAUCGAAAGCGCAGGUGUUUUCCAGAAUCGAGAUCCAGUUUUUUUUUUAAAUUUUUGGACAAAUUUUUCCGUAGAUCUGUUUGUAAAUCUGUUUUUUCGCUUCAUUUUGUUUUCCAGAUCGACUUCCGAGGGUUGUUUUUUAUCCCUCUUGGAGUUUGAAGGGUUGGUUAUUAUUAUAAACCCUAUUCUGCGUAGAAAUACUUGUUGAUUUCAUCGUGUUCUUCUUGUUAGUUUUGAAUUUGGUAGAGAAGUUAUGGCUGCUUUGAUGGAUUUGUAUGGAUGCAGAGAUUUACAGUCAGAUCCAGUUGGUGGUGAAUUAAUGGAAGCGCUUGAGCCUUUUAUGAAAGCUGCUUCCUCUUCUUCUUCAUUUUCUAUUCCCGAUUUCUCUUUUUCAUCUUCGAUCCAAACAGAAUCCACUUCUUACUCCUCCGAUUGUUCUCCUCCGAUGAUCCAUUUGUUUUCCGGUCAAGAUUUCCAUGGAUUAGAGCAAUCAGCCUCCAUCGGACUUAAUUACUUGACGCCCUUUCAGAUCCAACAGAUCCAAUCUCAGUUUGCUCUCCAGACACUGAUCCCGCCAGUUUGGGGACAGAUUAACAACCAGGUAGCGAGAAAUCAGAGGAACGGCGGGAAUUUGUUAGCACCGAAGGGGAUUUCCAUGAAGCAAGUUGGAUCUCCACUGAAAUCGACGAAGCUUUAUCGAGGCGUAAGGCAAAGGCAUUGGGGAAAAUGGGUGGCCGAGAUCCGUCUACCGAGGAACCGAACUCGGCUAUGGCUCGGCACCUUCGAUACCGCCGAAGAAGCCGCUUUAGCCUACGAUAAAGCCGCUUACAAGCUUCGAGGCGACUUUGCUAGGCUCAAUUUCCCUCAUCUCAAGCACCAUGGCUCCUCCGUCGGCGGUGAUUUCGGCGAGUACAAGCCGCUCCACUCCGCCGUCGACGCGAAGCUUGAAGCCAUCUGCCAAACCUUGGCGGAGUCGCAGAAACAGGGGAAAUCAAACGGAGCCUCAUCGAAGAAAUCGAAAUCAUCGAGUUCUUCAACAGUCGAAUCAGAGUGUGAGACGCCGACGGUUAUUGAUCCCGAGAAUCUGAAAACAGAGGAUGCCAGAUCGAGCGGAUCGGAGAUCUGUUGCAAGGCGGAGAACUCCUCGUCGCCGGUUUCGGCCGAGAGCGACGAGUCGGCAGGGUCUUCGCCUUUGUCAGAUCUGACGUUCCCCGAUCCGAUGGAUUCGCCGUGGGAAUCGCCGUCGGAAAGCAGUAUGCUGCAGAAAUAUCCGUCGGAAAUCGAUUGGGCUUCGAUCUUCACAUCUUGAUAACGAUAAUUUUAGGAGAUUCUGCGACUAAGUUUUAGCAGUUAGCAGAAUCAGUCUGUUCAGUGUUUUGUAGGGAGUUUAGAAGUUAUAUAUAUUUUGGUGUUCUUAACAAGUAGAAAUUGUUAAUAGGAAGUGAAAUCUCCGGCACAGCCAUCGCCGGCGGCCAACUUUUUUUUGGCUGUUCGGCCGGCGGGAGAGACGUACAAGUUAUUAUUAUUUACAUUUAUGUAAUUUUCUCCAUGUAAUAAUAAUAUAUUAUGUUUGCGUUAUUCAA